AAGUCCGGUAUGGGCGCCAUCCGUUUCUGCAAAUCUGUUAAUUUCUCCGGAAAUUUUGGAUCAGAUUGGAUAUUUAAUCGAAUUUGGAAAGAUCAAAUUGUUAUCGGAUUAUUCUGUUUCGCGAGGAAAAACUACCAGCAGAGCAGAGGCGUUGAUCGUUGAUUACUUGCUAUUGAUUUGAUUGAUAUCGGCCGAUUGAUCAUCUUCUUGAUCGAAGGAAUUUCUGAAAACGACUGCUUCUGGGCUCUGGGAAGCGAUAUUUGUUUGUGGCAAUUGCAAUGGCGGACGCAAAAGGAUCACUGGAUUACUGGAGGAAAUAUUUCAGCAGUGCGAAAUCUGAUAUUUUUGAUUUGAUCGAAAAAGCAAUCCUAGUAGCGGCAACCGAUUGUCCCAAUGAAUUUAAGGACAAAAAGGAUAUGAUCGUCGAGAAGCUUUACACCUGCCAGCUUUCCCUCAAUAAUGGCGACCAAGAAAGCCCCAAGGAGGAGAAAAAUAGUUGCAGCUCUGGCAACUCGGACGAGACUGAUCAGAUUCUUGGAGAGGUGAUGAGGAUCAAGGAGCUCCUUUCCAACACGCAACUCUACAAAUCUGAAUCUGAUUCUGAUUCUGAUUCAGUCUUGUAUGAAUCACUGAGGAGUUUGCAGAUCAUGCAAUUAUCUGUAGAAAUUUUGAAGGCUACUGAAAUCGGAAGAACAGUGAGUGCACUGCGAAAACACAGCUCCACCCAGAUUCGAAAGCUUGUUAGAACUCUAAUUGAUGGCUGGAAAAUGUUGGUUGAUGAAUGGGUUCAAUCUACAGCUCCAAUUACUGAAAAAACCAUUACAGAUUCAUCAAAGCAAACUUCGGAGAAGAAACCAUGCAAUCAUUCCUCUGCUGCAGCAGUGAAGAGAAAGCAGAUUGAGGAAGUUUCAGAUGCGUCAAAGCUGGAGCUUGCGAAGAAGAAGCUCCUUGCAGGAUAUCAACGAAUAGAAAAUGCGAAGAAGCGACGAAUGAUACAAAUCAUAGAGCCAACUGAUCUUCCAAAUGUCUCCCAUGAAGAACUUCGAUCAAGAAAGAAGCUUGGGAAAAAUUCUUCAAAUUAGGCAAUCAAAGCAGCAGCAGCUCCAUUUCAGUCCUGCGAUGAAAGCUUUCCAAAUUAGUUAGUUUUAUUUGUUUUUUCAGCUUUCAAGAUCUCCAUAACUCAGAUCAUUUUGGUUGAUGCUUGAAGCUAAAUGUACAUAUUAGAGAUUAGAAUUUUAUAGUUAGGAAUUAAUCUCUUGAUUCAAUUUGAUUCUUUUUCUUCAUCUUCUAUGAUAAUGUAACUGAACCACUGCUUUAUGCAAA